AUGGGAACAAAAUAUGAGGAUGCGGUUGAUUCGAUCAUCACUCGCAUUAUCAACGCUCUGCAUAUCCCCGACGACGGCCUAGUCAACCUACGAUCAGAGGUUCAAGACGCCAUCAGCGACUUCAAUCAAGCCGUCGAAUUUGCGCAGCUUAGUGAGGCCCGACUAGUAGCUCUCUUAAACUUCCCCUUCGCCAUCUACCAAGCCAGCGAAGAAGAACUGUUCAAGAUACGUGCAAGCGUCAUCCGUAUCACAAAAUCAAUCCAGAACGUCACUGGCGCCAGUGAUCGAUCACUGGUUGAGAUCAUCACUUCACGCACUGGCCUCCGAGGGCGCCACGUCGAUAGGCUUCUGAAGCACUUCAGAGCUGCUAUUGACGACAUUGUGCUCAAGACGAUUGAUAAGAUCGAUGAACGCCUCGAAUGCGAAUGGAGAAUUGCCGAGGAAUGCUACAACCAAGUUAGGGAUCCUUCUGGCUCGCUGUAUCCUGAACCGUAUUUUGAACUUACCAGCGAUGACCUUUGCCCAAGUUACGGCUCAAAAGGAUUGGAACCCAGUAAUAUGGUGAACCACAUCAGAGGACCGUACCAAAACUUUACCGGUGAACAGAGGGGCGAACUCGACGAAGAGCGCAAGGCUGAAAUAAGAAACCAAUGGACCGAUUUUUGGAUCCGAGCGUUGAACAAGUGCCAUUCAGGUCCAACACUGUUCCAUCCCCGAUCCAUUUUAUCCUCAGCCGGAGAUUGGCUUCCUUCAAAAUAUGUUCCACGGUAUCUAUUUCGCGUCUACGACUCAAAAAGCUCGGGGCUCAACUCAGAGACCGUCUUCGCAUCUGAAUACAGCAUCCUCUCAUACCGAUACCCGGAGUCAAAGGUUGAUCUUCUCUCAUUAGAUGAUACCACAGCUUCGGGCAUGCUAUUUCAUCACCUAGAGAGAAAGAACUGCUUUGGCAGCAGUGGCUUCCAAAAGGGUGCACUACGAGAUAACCUUGUCUCAUGGACUAGCUCUUUGAUGAACGCUAUUCAGUACGCUAUAUGGAGGUCUCAUGUCGGCCAUACACCUACUUCCGAUGUUCGUAUCUGCGCUGUAGAUACUAGAAAGUUCCCUCGUGGGCAGUUUGCAAGAGACGCGUUGUUACUCCUGAGUUACGCCCACCCGAAGUCUGACUGGUUUCGUCUCAAGAAUCGAGAGUUUGACAACGGGGAGUACAUUUCUCAAGGGACGAUCAAUCACGCUGGCCGAUCGGUCGUCUUCUCUCUGGAGGACCUUGUUGCAUUUGGUCUGUAUGAGUUAUAUCCGGAGUUUGCAGAACACUCUUCUGCGACCACCUGGACGAGUCGGGUGCUAGAGCUUCGAACCAGCUGGAGUGAUAGGUGUCAGACGUAUAGUGAGGAUUUCAGUCUGGCCUGCGAAAUUGCAAAAGGCCCCAUGAACGGGCUUGACACGUGGGAUGCUGUGUUGUUACUUAUGGCGUUUCGUAAUCGCUCGUUAUCCCGGAUCUGGUACUCCUGGGAAUUGCUCAUGAGACUGUUUCCUGACCCUGAUGAAACGAUGAACGACCACGCGAACACGGCUACCGCCGAGUUUGGGUCUAUCGCCAGCGGCAUCGACGCACUGAACAUCACAGGCAAAAAGAGAAGACAGCCGGCCAAGUCCCUCAAGGAAGUCAUGCAUAGUUACGGUGAAGCAGUCGAUGCUUUGUCGAAACAUGCAACCAAUAUCGUCGAGCUGCUUCGUACUGAUGGCAUAUUUAACACGGAAGAUGUCGAGUCCAUCUGCACCGUCCCAACUAGGGCUAUUGAGCUCGUGCGAGUUGCGAAACUUCUAAACGACUCAGCAAUCCAGGCCAUUGUCAGACAAGUCGUUUCCUUUGGCGACAAGGCCUACUUCAACGUAAGCGCCCUUCUUGAGCAUUUCAAAAAGCCUAUAGAGAGGAUUGCACAGGGGAUCAUUCGGGAAGCGCAAAAUGACGAUAUCCUGUGGAAGACUGCUGAAGAAUGUUAUCACCAAGCUACAAGGCCUUCUGGAGAUCUUAAUCUAGAAGAUUAUCUUGCCACUAUCAACCCGUUAUUAUGGAAGGAAGAGAAAAAGGAAGAUUGGAUCAAAUUCUGGCUUCAGUCACUAUGCAACUGCCCUGGUGGCCCAACGCUCUUUCAACCGGAGGAGGACAUUGUUUUCGACCACUCGGCCAAAAGGCCUCCACGGUACCUGUUCCGGACAUAUGAUGUCAACAGCACGGGUCGUAACGACACAGAUUGCAUCGCUUCAAUAAUUAGCCAGGAUGAUGAAGCGAAUCGCCACCGGAUCAAUAUCUUCUCAACAGACUAUCAAGAGGCUUCAGAAAUGCUGCAUCGCCAUUUGGGCAAGGGCCUUUCUAGUACUUGGGAAACCGACAACCUUGUUUCGUGGAGCAGCUCUCUCCUAUUUGUGAUCCAGUAUGCAAAUUGGCGAUUUUGCAACCCGUGGUUUAGUCAGCCGGGCGAUAUUUGUAUUUGCGCUGUGGAUACAUCAAGAUUUCCACGCGGGCAGUUUGCAAGGGACAAGUGGUUACUCAACUCUUUCAAGGAUGCGGAGUUUUCGGAUCAAGAAAGCAGCUUUCGCGAUCUUCGAUUCAACCAGUCGGAAUAUGAUAACGGAGAGUACCUUUCUCAAGGCGUCCUUCAUAUUGAAAAGCGUUCUUGUACCUUGUCGUUGAGAGAUCUGAAAAAUGCUGGGCUGUGGGAUUUGUACCCUAAGUUCAACGUCAACGAUGUGCAACGUGACGCCGACGUGAGAACUCAGUGGACAGAUUAUGUCAAGGCACUACGUUGGGAAUGGCAAGUCACAAAGAAGACAACAAAAGCGGACGUUCAGUGUGCACUAGACAUUGCACAGAAAUGUUUCCCAGAUUUCGAUGAGGAUGAUAUGGCGUUGUUGUUACUUUCCUUCCACGAACGUAAGCUACGCCCGGAGACUCUAUCGUUUUAG